AUGUCUCCCCGGUCUUGCCUGUCUCCCCCGUCUCUUACCCAUGUCUCCCCGGUCUUGCCUGUCUCCCCCGUCUCUUCCCCAUGUCUCCCCCGUCUCUUCCCCAUGUCUCCCCGGUCUUGCCUGUCUCCCCCGUCUCUUCCCCAUGUCUCCCCGGUCUUGCCUGUCUCCCCCGUCUCUUCCCCAUGUCUCCCCGGUCUUGCCUGUCUCCCCCGUCUCUUCCCCAUGUCUCCCCGGUCUUGCCUGUCUCCCCCGUCUCUUCCCCAUGUCUCCCCGGCCUUGCCUGUCUCCCCGGCCUUGCCUGUCUCCCCCGUCUCUUCCCCAUGUCUCCCCGGUCUUGCCUGUCUCCCCCGUCUCUUCCCCAUGUCUCCCCGGUCUUGCCUGUCUCCCCCGUCUCUUCCCCAUGUCUCCCCGGUCUUGCCUGUCUCCCCCGUCUCUUCCCCAUGUCUCCCCGGCCUUGCCUGUCUCCCCCGUCUCUUCCCCAUGUCUCCCCGGUCUUGCCUGACUCCCCCGUCUCUUCCCCAUGUCUCCCCGGUCUUGCCUGACUCCCCCGUCUCUUCCCCAUGUCUCCCCGGUCUUGCCUGUCUCCCCCGUCUCUUCCCCAUGUCUCCCCGGUCUUGCCUGUCUCCCCCGUCUCUUACCCAUGUCUCCCCGGUCUUGCCUGUCUCCCCCGUCUCUUCCCCAUGUCUCCCCCGUCUCUUCCCCAUGUCUCCCCGGUCUUGCCUGUCUCCCCCGUCUCUUCCCCAUGUCUCCCCGGUCUUGCCUGUCUCCCCCGUCUCUUCCCUAUGUCUCCCCGGCCUUGCCUGUCUCCCCGGCCUUGCCUGUCUCCCCCGUCUCUUCCCCAUGUCUCCCCGGUCUCUUACCCAUGUCUCCCCGGUCUUGCCUGUCUCCCCCGUCUCUUCCUCAUGUCUCCCCGGCCUUGCCUGUCUCCUCCGUCUCUUCCUCAUGUCUCCCUGGCCUUGCCUGUCUCCCCCGUCUCUUCCCCAUGUCUCCCCGGUCUUGCCUGACUCCCCCGUCUCUUCCCCAUGUCUCCCCGGUCUUGCCUGUCUCCCCCGUCUCUUCCCCAUGUCUCCCCGGUCUUGCCUGUCUCCCCCGUCUCUUACCCAUGUCUCCCCGGUCUUGCCUGUCUCCCCCGUCUCUUCCCCAUGUCUCCCCCGUCUCUUCCCCAUGUCUACCCGGUCUUGCCUGUCUCCCCCGUCUCUUCCCCAUGUCUCCCCGGUCUUGCCUGUCUCCCCCGUCUCUUCCCCAUGUCUCCCCCGUCUUGCCUGUCUCCCCCGUCUCUUCCCCAUGUCUCCCCGUCCCCUGUCUCCCCUUGCCUGUCUCCCCGUCUCUUCCCCAUGUCUCCCCGGUCUUGCCUGUCUCCCCCGUCUCUUCCCCAUGUCUCCCCGGUCUUGCCUGUCUCCCCGUCUCUUCCCCAUGUCUCCCGCCCCUGUCUCCCGGCCUUGCCUGUCUCCCCGUCUCUUCCCCAUGUCUCCCCGGUCUUGCCUGUCUCCCCGUCUCUUCCCAUUCUCCCCUUGCCUGACUCCCCCGUCUCUUCCCCAUGUCUCCCCGGCCUUGCCUGUCUCCCCCGUCUCUUCCCCAUGUCUCCCCGGCCUUGCCUGUCUCCCCCGUCUCUUCCCCAUGUCUCCCCGGCCUUGCCUGUCUCCCCCGUCUCUUCCCCAUGUCUCCCCGGCCUUGCCUGACUCCCCCGUCUCUUCCCCAUGUCUCCCCGGCCUUGCCUGUCUCCCCCGUCUCUUCCCCAUGUCUCCCCGGUCUUGCCUGACUCCCCCGUCUCUUCCCCAUGUCUCCCCGGCCUUGCCUGUCUCCCCCGUCUCUUCCCCAUGUCUCCCCGGCCUUGCCUGUCUCCCCCGUCUCUUCCCCAUGUCUCCCCGGCCUUGCCUGUCUCCCCCGUCUCUUCCUCAUGUCUCCCCGGCCUUGCCUGUCUCCUCCGUCUCUUCCUCAUGUCUCCCCGGCCUUGCCUGA